ACAUUUUUAAAGUCCAAAUGUUGUCCAAUCAGCCAAAAAAAAUUAUUUUAUUCUGCAUACUCUGUAAUCCAAUGAAAGUCAACGCGGAAACCCGCCCUAAAGCAGCAGUGGGAGAACCUCAGUGCUACAAGCGGCUCCUCUCCAGAUCUCUGUAGGCGUCGGCGUACGGAAUAAACAACUCGUUUCUGUUCUGCACACCGAUGCUUAGAUGGAACACUGGAGAUGGAGAGCUGAUGAUUGUGUAUUUUCACUGGACAUUGGACAAGCUGGAAAAUUGGAAUCACUAGUUUGGUGAAACAAAAUCUGACUCUGAUGCAUUCAUUCCUGAGGCCAGAAUUGUUCAGAAAGUAUAAAGUAUAUGAAUCCCAGGAAGCCUCAAAAUACGAGGAUUGGUGCUGAGUCGAGUGGAAAAAGAGAAGCCGAGUUUUCAGUACAUGAAUCAAACCGCUCAGGCUGGAUUGUGUAAUUACAGGGCUGUAGAGAUAUAAAAAAAACUAUAAAAUAAAGGUGAUGUUGAGCAAACAGAAACGAGAACAUAUGCGUCGGAAUGAUACAGGGUUUCACCCCACUCCAAUUUCUGCUCCUGCUCCUCCUUAUGGGAUUUGCAAUGGCUGGUCUACGUCUGUGGUCCUCGGAACAUGUUGCUCUAAGCAACACCAGUGUUUUUAUCACUUACAGUGCAGACAGCAACAUGACAGACAGUGAACUGUCGAUCGAUUUGGUCGAUCUUGAUCGGAAUUUGACUGUGCUAACUAGACCUCUGCCAUUCAAUCAGUCAGAGGGUGUUCAGGAGUUUGACUGCACAUGCUUCCUAUAUGCCGGGAACUUCAUUUUCAGAUUAGACCAAAUAGUCAACCAGGGCACAGUGAAAGGUACCUCCAGCUGGUGGAGCCCAGUACUACGUAUCCAGUGGCCUACUUUCCACUUCGGAGUGGAGCGUGCUAACAACAACCAAAGCUCUGGUGCAUUCCAGGUUUCUGUAACUACCAACAUUGACUUUCAUGUCUGCCUGAACAGCAGCUCAUCUCUCUACCUUGAGGUCAGCUACAUGGAGCACAACCAGAUUGGGAAGAAUACUAUCGACAAGGUGCAGAAACGAACGGCACACACUAUCCAGAUCGUGAAGUCCCAGUACGUGGGUCUCAGGUGUGCUUCCCUGCUGACUGAGGCUGGCUUUAUCCAGUUAGCUCUCAAGUCCCAUCACACCCAACAAGACAUCAAAUCCUCAGGACCACUCUAUCUGUCUCGCAUCUUCUCCUACAAGCUUCUGGUUGAGAACAUCUACAAAAGUGGAUGUGAUGGAACAGUGUCUGUCCGCCUGCUUUCUCCACCCUGCACAGUCACUUCAGGGAAAGUGUUGCUGUAUAAAGAGGCCAGUGCAGCUGCAGAGCAGGAAAAGCCCUCUCAGCUUGCAUUUCACUUUCUCACCCAAGGGGAGAAUGAGACAGAGUUUAAUUGCUCCCAGUUUGAUCUUGGACAGAAAAAGUAUUGCUUUCAUUAUGCUCAUAUUUACAGUCACUCCUCAAGUUUGGCACACACGUGCAUCAUUGUGCAAAGAAAUGCUGUGGAGAUGUGGGGGCCGUGGCAAACUUGGAGUGGGUGCAGUGUAACCUGUGGCGAUGGCGUGCGAGAGCGUGUGCGUGAGUGUCUUCUGCCCCCUGGUGGUGGGAUGCAGUGCACUGGCAUGGUGAGAGAGCAGUCACUUUGCUCCCUGGAGGACUGUACUGAUGUAAUGACUCCUAUUUCUGUCCCACCUCCUCCAUAUGUGGACUCUAUUCUUGGAGGAAAACUGGUAGUGGUGGCUGGUAUCUCCCUUUGUAUAGUUGGAAUCCUGGUCACAAUCUUCAUCACAGUGUGGAAAAAACUGUGCCAUGCACCAACGUGUAGCUCAGCACGGCCCGAGCCUAUGCAUUCUUCUAGUGGACGCAAGAAUUCAGACGAGGCUUCUAUUUGUGGACACAGCGUGCAGAGGCCUAGUUUCUCAGAAAGUAUGGGGGCAACUGCACUUCAAAAAGGCCAAACAUGCCCUGUGUCUAUUCGGGGAGCAUCAGACAAGGGGGUAUUGACCUGUCAAAAGAGUUUCACUCUCUCCAUGCCAUUCCCUCAGGAUCCUGAGCGGCUUUCCCCCUCUGGUCAAAAGAUUCUACCUCCCAUUUUUGGGUAUCGUUUGGCACAGCAGCAGCUUAAGGAAAUGAAGAAGAUAGGACUUAAAGAGGCCACACAAGUCUAUCAUGUCUCCCAGAGUCCUGUUGAUGACAUCAUGGUGGAGGCCACAGCCUCUACAUCUGCUGGACUUACACCAGUGCCUCAGGACCUAGAAAGUCAAGAAGAAGUCAGUAUCUUUCGCAAAUCCCCAUUCACAGAGCCAACAUGGCCUCACAGAAACUCCGUCACACUGCCUGAUAGACUGAGCCCCAAGCGGAAUCUGAUAAUGGCCACACCAAAAGUUGUUUUUAGUGAUCGGGACCAGCGGCAAGAACGAACUGCAGACUGGGUUGCAAUGGUGGAACGAAACAGAAUGGGCUUUUCUAAGAAUCCAAACUUCCGGAGGACAUCUAGCUUCAACGAGAGCAACCUGCAGCAGUUAGCUAAGCCACAGUCUUUCAGGGAGCGGAGCAUGACACAGGUGGCUCCCCGACAGCUCCCAGAGGGCAGCUGUAGAACUAGAGCCUGGGAGCUUCCAAUUCCUGAGCAGGAGACAUGGUCUCAUAGUAAAUAUAGGAUACCUGACAGCUCUAGUGACCACAGGCAGCGAGUUUGGGUAGAUAUGCCUUCCGUCUCAAAAUCCAAACCCUCUAUUGCUCAUACAGUCACUUCAACACCAACAAAAAAUCGUGCAAUGGACAGUAACGGAGUGGGCUGGCCCCCAUCUUUUGGGAUCGAUCGAGUUGAAAGGGCAGAGCAAAACUGGAACAGAAGAGGUCCAUCACCCAUCCAGAGAAACAUUUUGGCCAGAAAGUUGCGAGAAGCCAAUUCAUCAACUAACUCUCAUAGACAGAGAAGUUCCACUUUCUCUAGUUUUGAUCAUAGCAGGAGCAGAUGUCAAAGCCUCCCACUCUCUGCUGACUUCAGCAGCUCUUCCUAUGGACUGACUGAGGAUGAGCAGCAAAUGAUGGACAUUUCUAGAUAUCUGGGAGAGGAGGAUGGGACGGGAUUAACUAAAGGCCUCAGACUCACCUGAUUAUAGGUGAGAAUGUGCAAACAGAAUUUGAGCUUUAAAAUACAGCCUUCAAUUUUAGAAUGACCAUUUUGAGAACAGGUUUUAGGUUUAAGUAAAAGAGGAAUAAUUUAUUAUUUUGUGUUUAAUUUUAAUAUGUGUUCCUUAUUAACAUCACAAAUCAUAUAAAAUGCACAGCUUAAGAGUUUUAUUGUCAGAACACACAAUGUGCUCUGAAGAGGUCUAGUAUGUUAUUGGCACUUGAUUAACCAGUUCGAUGUAAGCAUUUUUUUUUUUACUGUAAUUCUUUUAAAGAUUAACAUAGGUAUUUUAUCAGAUAAUGUAUAAAACUGAAUUAUUAAGUAUAAAGUAUUAUUAAGUAAAGUACUUACUUAAUUAAUGAAAUAUAUAAGCAAUACUUAGUCUUAGAACAAAUACAUUUAUUUUUGUUUGUAAAUGAAGAACAAGCUAUUUUUAUAUUUUUUAUUUGUUAUUUUGCAGGAUUACUGCAUAAGUAUUUUGUUUAAGUGGCUACAGUAUUAAAGAAAUGUGGAAGUCUCUUUACACUGGAAGAAUGUCUCAGUUAAUAGGUAAUUAAUGUUUUGUAUGCAUUGCAAAUAAAUAUCUUUCAUGUUA